CAUCUAGCUGGAAAAGUCCCGCAGCUGGUGCCGCAGACACACAGAAGCGAAAGUGACAGGGACAAAGUCAAACAGUCGAACGAAGAAAACAGAGAAAGAAAAAAAACCCUACUGGGCGGAACUUCAUUUUCAGCGCACGCUGGCAGCCGGGGAGCGCAUAUAUUAGUUUCCUGUUUUUGUAAAGUUGCUUUAGUCGACACGUUUAAAUGCUCUGGAGCCAGUGACAGUUGGAGACUCGACAGAGACGCGACAGACAUGGAGAACGGUAAGAGCAAGCUUCAGCAGAUGCAGGACGAUGCGGAGGAGGUGAAGGUGAUAAUGCUGGACAACCUGCAGAAGGCAGAUGAAAGACGGGAAAAGAUGAGCAACCUGGAAGAUCGGGCUGACGACCUGCUUGAACAGAGUAAACAAUUUGAAAAGAAAACCAACACACUGAGACAACAGAAGUGGUGGGAAAACAAGAGGGCAAAAGUGUUUCUUGGCAUCGGAGUGGCAGCAGGACUCGUCAUCUUGGGACUCAUUAUCCUUGUUUCUGUUUUGUAGAAAACAAGGAUGAUUUGAUGAUGAGGAAGGAUGAGAAAUGAACUAAAAGCCAGCAAAAGAAAAGCUGUAUCUAUUUGACUUUGAUGUUUUCUGUCCUGUUCUGCAUUUUGUAAUAUUUAAAGUAAUAUUAUUCUCACUCUUUGUGUUCGUGUUAAGUCGAUAUGGUACAGAUACUUUCUCUGCUGCUUUCUCUCUUUUGUUUUCUGUUAAAUGCCUCUGCACAAUCUGCAUUUAAAGUCUUAAAGAUGGACAUUAAGAGAGGAAAAACGGUUCUCUGUAUCAACAUCAUGAAGCUUGUACAGGACUGUAAUCUUUAUAAAAAUGUUUUCUUUGUA